AACAAACCAAGUAGUUGACACUUUCUUUGAUUAGUAUAUAAAUCGACUAUUUUUUAGGUGCAGUUUGAUGAGUGCACAAUACGUGUAACGUUUACUCCAGUAUCUGUACGAUUGAUCUCACAUCUGGCCUGUCAAAUUACUUAAGUACAAGUAUUAGUUUAUUAGUUGAAGACGUUUAUUCUUAUAAAAUAAGCAACAUGUGCAUUCAAGCGUAUUUUUGAACAGUAUAAGGACAAAGUGUAGACAUGGAAAACACCAGUAACAAAUUAUGUUACAUCUUUAGUUCAUCUUUGGAAAAGAAAGUGGAGAUAAAAAUUGGUACAUUGGAAGGGAAAAGAUACAAACUAGAGUAUGACCAACUACUUGAUGACCCUCUUUUGAGGUAUUCUGGAUUGUUUGGAUCAAAUUUUGGUCAAGGUGAUCUAACAGCAUCCCUUCAAGUGUUUGCAAAUGGAAGAGCACUGACUUUACCAGUGUUUACAUCGUACAAGCACUUCACUUCUAGGUGGAAUUGGAACCAAUGGAUUACGUUGCCCAUUUCUUACGCUGAUCUUCCCCGAACUGCACAACUAUGUGUUUCUUUUUUCGAUUGUGCUGGGCCAGGGAGAAACAUCUUGGUUGGUCGUACAACAGUCUCACUAUUUGGCAAGUAUGGUGUGUUCAGACAAGGCAUGCUUGAUCUUAAAGUUUGGCCAGGAGAAACAGCUAACAGUUUUUCUGCCAAGUCUCCUGGUGUAUCAAGAGAUUACAAAAAAGAUAAAAUGCAGUGCUUAGCUAAACUUGCAAAAAAACAUCGUUAUGGUCAAAUAAAUAAAGUUGACUGGUUAGAUAGACUCACGUUUCGAGAAAUUGAGCUUAUAAACGAGCAUGAAAAAAGGACAUCAAAUCACUUGUAUGUAACCAUAGAAUUUCCAGAAAUCAUCGUGGAUGGUGUACUUUACGUUAUCGUGCACUACGAGAAGGAUGGAGAUGAAGUGGUGCAACAUCGAUCACAACCUGAUAUUGUGAUACUUCCUGACUAUGAGAUCUUGCAAGAAAACUUGGUGGAAGCUAAACAUCAUAAAUUAGCUAGAAGCCUACGAAGUGAAGGUAGUACCAAAGAACUGAAACCAACAUCAAAUGUUCGAGAUGCCUUGAAUAUUAUACUUUCAUAUCCACCUACUACUGCAUUGUCUACCGAGGAGCAAGACCUAAUAUGGAAAUUCCGUUUCUACUUGUCCACUCAAAAAAAGGCUCUCACAAAGUUUGUAAAAUGUGUCAAUUGGAAAGUAUUAGGGGAAGAGCGCCAAGCAUUAGAAAUGUUGUCCAUAUGGGCUCCUCCUGAUCCCGAAGAUGCUUUAGAACUACUUGGACCUGCUUUCACACAUGUUGCUGUUAGAAAAUAUGCCAUUCAGCGUUUAAACCACGCCUUGGAUGACGAUCUAAUGCUAUACAUGCUGCAAUUGGUACAAGCUUUGAAGUAUGAAGAUUUUGAUUAUAUUAAAAAAGUUAGUGAGUAUCGAAUGAGACCAGAAGAACAAACUAGUAGUAAUAAAAGCGAAAGAACGGACAAAGAAGAGAAGGAUCGCACUUUUUCGUCUUCUGCAAUAUUGGUGAGGGAUUUCCAAUGUAAUGAUCCUGAAGACAAACAGAAUUUUCAAACAGAUUUAGCAAGUUUUCUCAUUACACGAGCUUGUCGUAAUUCUACACUUGCUAAUUACUUGUAUUGGUACUUAUGUGUUGAGUGCGAAAAUCCAAUAGAUUCUCUUAGUAGUGCAAAACAAGAUUCUCGAGUUGGAGAAAUGUAUGCCACUGUUAAAGAUAUGUUUGUAAAUGCGCUUUCAAGUGGUAACAGUGUUUGGCAGGAGAGAAAAGCAUUUUUAGACAAACAGAAAAAUUUCAUCGACCAAUUGAUUUCACUUACCAAAGCUGUGGCCAGAGAGAGCGGAAAUCGUAAAAAGAAGACUGAAAGAUUGCGUGCUUUGUUGUCCGACUCUGAGCCAAAUUUCCGGGUCAAUUUUUCAAAUUUCGAGCCCAUUCCAUUUCCCCUUGAUCCAGACAUCUCAAUCAAAGGAAUUUCACCCAAUAAUGCGAUUCUUUUCAAAUCAGCUCUCAUGCCCAUCAAACUAACAUUUUUCACUACUAAUAACAAGGAGUACAACGCUAUAUUCAAACAUGGAGACGACUUAAGACAAGACCAACUAAUUUUACAAACCAUAGCUUUGAUGGAUAAGCUUUUGAGAAGAGAAAAUUUAAAUCUCAAGUUAACACCUUACAGGGUCCUUGCCACUAGUCCAAGACAUGGAUUCCUACAAUUCAUUGAAUCCACAACAGUUGCCGAAGUGGUAGCAAACGAAGGUUCAAUACUAAAUUUUUUUAGAAAGCAUCAUCCUUCCGAGAAUGAUCCAUAUGGAGUAGCUCCGGAAGUACUGGACACUUACUUGAGAAGCUGUGCUGGAUAUUGCAUAAUAACAUACGUUUUGGGUGUGGGAGACAGACAUUUAGAUAAUCUUCUUCUUACAACGUCAGGAAAGCUCUUCCACAUCGAUUUUGGAUAUAUAUUGGGGCGUGAUCCUAAGCCAUUGCCACCACCUAUGAAACUCAGCAAAGAACUGGUCGAUGGUAUGGGUGGAAUUGGAUCCGAAAAUUAUCACGAGUUUCGCAAGCAAUGUUAUACAGCUUACCUCCAUCUGCGCAGGAAUGCCAAUUUAAUUUUGAACCUCUUCUCCUUGAUGGUAGAUGCUAGUAUACCCGAUAUCGCCUUAGAACCCGACAAAGCUGUUAAAAAGGUUCAAGAUAAGUUACGUUUGGAUUUGAGUGAUGAGGAAGCAGUUCAUUUUAUACAAAAUCUCUUGGACUUAUCAUUGACUGCUGUCAUGGCAGCAUUAGUCGAACAAUUUCACAAAUUUGCUCAAUAUUGGAGGAAAUGAUUUUUUGAAUAACGUUUGCAAAUAUUUAAGUUUAAUGGUUAUUAAUACACACUUAUUAAUUGUAACUUUUAACAUAAAGAAGAUUAUUUUAAAAAAUUAUUGAAACAUUUUUUAUGCACUAUCCACAAUUAACCAUCUAGAAAAAAGUCAGCAAUUUGUUUUCCGA